CCGAAGUGUUAAUGAGAUGAACGAAGGAAAUUUUGGCGCGCUCUUUGACACAUAACCUAAGAAAAAAAAAAUAAAGUCUUCCCUGCUGAGAUUUUCAUAAAUGUUUAUUUUCUUGUAUUUUCCCUCAUUUACUCGUCCUUUUACCACCAUUAGACGCAUAAAUGUGUUAUGUCGUGAGCUUUUGCAGUGAAGAUGUUCAUUGACGAUUUGAAAAAUGAUUUCUACAGCAAUUUAGUGGGGAAACGCGUUCUCGUGAUUGUUAAUUAUGAUAUUGAUGCCCUCUGCGGGAGUCGCAUCCUUCAGGCUCUCUUCCAGAAUGAUCAGAUUCUCUACAGCAUUGUCCCCAUUAUGGGGGUUUCGGGGCUGCAGCGAACCUACGCUGAACAUCGCAGUGACACGAAGAACAUCAUCCUGAUCAAUUGUGGGGGAUGCAUUGAUAUCCUGGAGACGCUGCAGCCCGAGGAGGAUAGUGUCUUCUUCAUCUGUGACUCCCAUCGCCCCUAUGAUGUCUGCAAUAUCUUCAACGAUGGACAGAUUAAAAUUCUUGGGAAACCAAAUGACGACGAAGGCAUUCCGGAGUUUGAAUCCAUCUUCAGGGAUUCAGAUUCAGAGGAGGAUAGCAGUGAGGAGGAUGAGGAUGACGAGGAGGGGGAACAGAUGACGCGAAUGCAGAAAUUCGAGAUGAAAAUGGAGCGGCAGCGUCAGAAGAGAAUCUGGGAGGCAGAUAGGAAUCGCAUAAUGUUCGAGUACAGCCAAUUCAGCUACUACGGGCGGAGUUCAGCUCUUGUGCUCUUUGAAUUGGCCUGGAAGCUCUCCAAGGAUACCCUGGAUACCCUCUGGUGGGCCAUUGUGGGAGUGACAGAGCAACUGGUGAUGGGGAAGAUUGAGAGUGCAGCGUACACGUUGGAAUGCAAUCAGAUUCAAUCGCACGUCUCCCGGCUCAGCAAUAAGGCAUCCAAUCAGAGCACACAGACAGCAGUGAGGAUAACCUUUGAGAAUGACCUGCAUCUGGCCAUGUACCGGCACUGGAGCGUCCAGGACAGCUUGCGCCACUCCAUUCAGUCAGCGUGCAAGAUGCGCCUGUGGACGGCACGUGGGGAGAAGCGCCUGCAGGAACUUCUCGUGGAGAUGGGGCUACCCCUUGUGCAGGCACGACAGACCUUCGGGGCGAUGGAUUUGGUGCUGCGGAAGGAAUUCUACGGGAUGAUUGAGAAGCUGGCGGAGAAAUAUGAUCUCACGGACCUCAUCUACGGGUCAUUCACACUGAACUACGGCUACCGCUUCCGGUACUCCGCUGCAGACUACGUGUACUCCCUGCUGGCCAACUUGGAGUCCGUGGGUACAGAUCGGCUGCCCGAGAUGUGCUUCCUCGAGGCAAUGGACAGCCUGGGCCGGGUGAAUCGGGCUAAAUUGGACGGGGGCCUCGAGAGGGCAAAGCAACUCCUCAGUGGCAUCUUUCGCCAAGUGCAGAGUUGCCUGGAGAUGCAUCAAGUGCAAUCAGCCGGUCCAUUCCUCUACUACAUCCUCACCGAACAGAAUACCCUCUUCUGCUGCCCCUACAGCCUCACUCUCCUCACGCAGUUCAUCCUCCGCGCGCACGUGGCUGCCUCCCGUAGCCGUCGUGCCCCCGACCUGCCCCUCGUGGCCAGCUGCCCUGUGGAUCUGGAACGGGGGAUCUUCCUCAUGAUCGGCAUCCCACCCACGCGAGAGGCGUCGCCCAAAAAUCUCUUUGGCCGCGCCUUCGAACAGGCCGCCAUCAAGGCGGCGGCAACCAUCUCGCCGGACUUCUUCGACACCUCCUGCAUCCAGAUCCGCCGGGAGGAUACAGAGCGCUUCCUGGACGCACUCACAGUACUCCUAAGUUGAUUUUCUUCCUCUUUUUUUUUAAUUUAUUAUUCUCUAACUUUUUUUAGCUGUUAAGGGCUUAGGCGACUUAGGCUAAGCAAAAAAUGAUGAAGGUACAACAAAAACCUCGAAAACCCCUUAAUGUAAAAUUUCACAAAACUCUUCUUUUUUUUUAAUUAAAAUAAAAUACAUUUUUGAGAGAUUCUUUUGACGAA